AUGGUCGGCGCGACGGCGACUCAAAUGCCCAGAUCCUCUAACCACCCUGGCGCGCCCGUCGGCGUGCGCGAUAGUUCUCGGCAAGCGUCAUCGUCCACCCGAAGCAGCUCGCUCGUGCCGGAGCAGCUGACUCAGCUGACCAACGUCAUCGCGAAGCCCACCACCGCGGCCGUGGCGCAGCAAAUUCCCUUUCUCCCUUCGUUCGAUCAUGCUGGCUCUUUCUAUGCUGGCUCCAGCAUAGACCAGCCGUGGAGCGCCGAGGAGGACGCCCUCCUGCACAGCUUCGUCCAAACGCUCGGCCACCAGUGGAAGAAGAUCGCCGAGCUGCUGCCCGGCCGCUCGAAGAGCUCGACCAGAAACCGCUGGAUCCGCAUCGGAAGGCGGCCUUAA